CACAUGCAGAUAUAUAAACUGCUUCAAGUGGUCUUAUUAUGACUCUGAUGGUUUCAUUGUUCACAGCUUCAACCACUUCAACACCAAACGGGACUCUGAGACCUUUUUCAGCUUCAGUGUUUCUCUCAUCAGCCUCCAAACCACCAACAACACAGAGUUUAAGCUCAACUUCAGGAAGCUCCACACCUUCAUCAGCCUCCACACCACCAACAACACAGAGUUUAAGCUCAACUUCAGGAAGCUCCACACCUUCAUCAGCCUCCACACCACCAACAACACAGAGUUUAAACUCAACUUCAGGAAGCUCCACACCUUCAUCAGCCUCCUCUGGAAGUUCAGCUCUUGCAGAUGUGCUGCUUUAUGUGCGGCUGAUUCUGGUCGUUGUCAUCAGCAUCUUUUUAGCAUCUUUGCUGAUGAAGAGGAGAGCCGUUAAACCCAGAGGACCUCCUGUGGAAUCUGAGCGUGCUGACAUCACACAGGACAACCAGUUGUGUGAAGAGAUCAGAGAGGAGGACAGACAGAGCAGCUCACCUCCUGCAGGAGUGUCUUCAGUGUACGCUACACCAAAAGCCUCCAACCAGAUGGAGAUGUAAACAUAGACCUCUGCAGCCUCUCCACCUCUGCUCACAACAAAAGUCUGAAGUUUGAUGUCAGACUAACGAUGACAUGAAUGGAGAUGAUUACACUGAAGUGGAUUUCCCAUAUUCCCACCACCAACAGCGCCCCCCAGUGGUGAUGCAGCUGGUGUCGUCUCCUCCAGACUUCAGGCACAUGCCAGCCCUGCCAACCACACCACAGAUCUCCUCUGCUGCUGAAAAACAUCAGCAGUGAUGCUGUUGAUGGAACCUCAGUGACUAACAGAUGAACACAGUUCAUAAAACAGUUUAUGACAUUUAUCACCUACAGACAAACAAUUAGCCUCAGUUUAAAGCUUUUUUAUUGCAGCUACUUAUAAUUUAGUUUAACAGAUAAUUGAUUCUGUUUUUCAUUUUCUCAAACUGGAAUAUUUCCCAGUUUGAAAAACUAUUCUUGCUAUUGUGAUUCUGGAGGACAGAUUCAGUGAGAGAGCUGCACAAAAUGAUGCAUAUAGGAGGGAGUAUGGAGAGUUAUUAGAUCAGCCAGCAGGUAGGCUGUUCUUGGAGGGAGGUCCUUAAAUGCUGUCAUCAAAAAGGCUCCAGGUGGCUGACUUUGCAUGUGCUCAACUAUUUAUGAUGAUGUGUAUUUAAACUAAACCACUGGACCUCAGCUACACUGCUGUGUCACCUGUCUGUGUUGUCAAAUCAGACACAAAGAAUUUAACAUGGAAAUAAUUUCUAAUGUAAAAACAAUAAAGUGAAGAUAAACACUUGGUAAAUAUUUCCCUUCACAGCUCAAGUGUCAGAAGAGACUGGAUGAAGGUCUGAAUGUCAAAAGAUUCAAGUUAUGAUGAGAAUAAAUUUAAAAGAAAUCUGAAACAUUUUACUUGCCCCCCAAAAAUAAAUGGAUAAAUAUUUGAUACAAUAAAGUAAAUAUAAUGUGAAUGAGAGCUGGGAUAGGCCUGUGGUCAUGAUUGUUUAUAAUUAUUCUGGGUUUAUCAGUUUUGGUCUUUUAUU